UGUCAACAUAUUUCUUUGUAUUUACAUACAUUAUUUGUACCCGUUGUUAGUUUUUUUUUUAAUUGAACGCAAGACGACAGCAACGGCGACUACAAAGUGCAAAAGCAAAAGCAAGUCAAAAUCAACAGGCAGUUAAGGCAGUUGAGGCCGGUGCGGAGAUCUAACUAAUUGGACGGGCGGGCUCGAUUUAGAGCCGUCACACUUCCUUCCACACGCCGGCGUCGAGGAGAACAAUCGCCAUCACGACGUCGCCGCCGGAAGCGCCACCUCUGUCAGCCGAGCACUUGGACGACGCCAGCGCUGCCGAUCGCGGGCGUGUCUACAAGCUGAGGAAGAAGAAAUACUUGAACGCCGCGAACAUUACAUAGAUAGGUAGCGGGUCGGAGCAGCCAGACCAGCCAUAUCAGAGCCGACAGACUACACAGUAUGCCCGUGCAGUCGCCCAUUGAGAUUAGCAAUCGUGCUAUCGAGCAUAUUGAUGAUGUGGAUCCGCUCGAGUAUCAUGGCCAUUGGGAGCCGGUCGGUGUCGCCCGCGUUCAAAACACUGGCACCUCGGCCGUGGUCACAUUUAGCAAGCGUAAACAACAGCCAUAUAUCAUUGGGGGCGGACUGGACACAAAUAAGUAUGUGUUCGAGCAGCUGCACUUUCACUGGUCGGACUCGGAUGAGUCUGGAUGCGAGCACACGUUGGAGGGCAUGAAGUAUUCGAUGGAGGCACACGCUGUUCACUAUAAUGCCAAGUAUAAGGACUUUGCUGAAGCGAAAAACAAACCGGACGGACUGGCAGUUGUCGCAUUUUUCAUUCAGGCCUGCGGCGACAAAGACUGUCCCGAAUUCAAGAAGAUCACCGAGGGCAUACGGAUUGUCCAAAAGAUACAUACAAGCGCAUCUCUCGAUUCGGAUUGUCUCUCCUGGAUAGGUCUACAGGAGUUAAGCAAACACUACUACACAUACAAAGGCUCGUUGACAACGGCACCGUACUUUGAGAGUGUCACGUGGAUAAUCUACCGUACGCCGAUUUAUGUUUCGCGGGGACAGGUGAGCGUGUUUCGGAACUUGCAAUCAUGCCCCAAAGAUGAGUCUAAGAAGAUAGUCAACAAUUACCGUGAGAUUCAGCGUCCUCUAAAGGAUCCAGAAAUCUUUUUCGCACGCAAUACGAAUACAAAGUCCAAGUUAUGAUGUGCUUGCUAACAUCGCUGCUCCAAUGCUUUGUGGAUGUAGAGCAUCUACCAAAAAGGAACCAACAUGAAGUCUUACUCUGAAGCACCAUCACCAUAUUCACUCCCAUAUUACACCAUGUACACCGAUUUCUGUGCUACACUGGAUCUG